AUGACCGAGUCCACACCGGGGAGAAGCCAUAUUCCUGUGCAGAGUGCGAGGUGUGUUUUUCCCGUAAAUCGUAUCUCAACGCUCAUGAGAGAGUUCACACGGGAGUGA